CCGGUCCAGGUCUCGGGGCAUAUACGCCAGUCAAAAGAUUGUCAAGAGAUUGUCUGUCUUGAUCUGGCUUGCAUGUGGGACACUUCCUAGAGGUGAUAAAGACUACGGGCCCCAGAAUCCGAAAACAGGACAACUCUGGAGAGGCGGAUAUCGGGGAAUUAGGCCAGGAGGGACUUCCCAGCCUGAGACCACCAAGACGGGACGGAAGGGGUGCAGGCGUGAAGAAACGAGGGAAGGAACCCGGAAGGGCCUGGCCAGCUACGACACUGAGCGAUACACUGAACGACACACACACUGAACGAGACUCCGUCUGGUUGCAUCCACUCACCCAUUCACACCUACCACCUACCUUACCUUCUCAACCGUUCAAGUACCCCCCCAUCUGCACCUUCUGCAGCCCACCUGCAUACACCUGAAGCAUCCCAGCAUUCAGGUUGGCUUCACGUAUCCAGUUUCUCAAACACCGCAUCGUCGACAAUAUCAGCCACUACCAACUCUAAAAAACAACCCCCUCGUGACCACUCCCUCCACAUCACAAGCUCAAACAAUUGCGAUAGCUUGCCCUACUCCACCGAACCGUAGCGCUCCUUACACUUUUCUCGCGCACACACGGGUUGACUGUGGUUCCGUCCAAACUCAACCACCAAGUUUCGACCAGAAACAACCCAUCCUUGGGACGACGUUGUUACCACUCUCAAUUAGUUUCCCGCCCCGUCUCUGCACCGCACUGGAGCGUAGCCAGGCCGGCCACCGACAAGAUGAUGGCAGGACUCGCAGCCCAGGAUUAUCAGCUGGAAAUAAGACAACAGCCCAAGGCAGGCUGCGUGGCUCUCACGAAAGGAAAAGAUCGCCGACCACUGGAUCCUCCUCCAAUCGUCCAGCUCAAGGUCUCGCCGAGGUUGGAUCCUACCCAGAGGUUUCUCCAGAAUCCUUACCUUAUCCUCAUCGCUAAACUGGUUCCCAAGGAUGGCGAAAAUGAUGAGCACCAACGGCGAACCGAAACCAAAGGGGGCGACUUGGCCGGGACAGUCGUCUCCUCUCUCUACAACCUCAAGGAUACCGAUAAUACCCAGGGUGGAUUUUUUGUGUUUGGGGAUUUGUCAGUGAAAAGAGAGGGCUCUUUUCGACUCGAGUUCACGCUCUUCGAGCUCAGAUCACAGACCAAAGACUGCUGGCAGCUCUCCAGCUGCAUUUCGGACACUUUCCAGGUUUAUGCCAACAAGGCCUUCCCUGGAUUGCAGGAAUCGACAUUUCUGACCAGGACCUUCAGCGACCAGGGUGUCCGGCUACGGUUACGAAAGGACUCGAGGACGGUUGUUCAGAGCAGAAAGCGCGGUGCCAGCGGUGCGCCCCAGGUUGACAUGAAGCCGCAGUCGAUUGGUUACAUGCAUGGCGGAAACCACGACUUGAGUCCCAAUGGCCAGCAGCACCACGGCAGAAGGACUAGCGCUCUGGAGUUCGACAAUGGAAGCUACGACUUUGGAUAUGACCCCCGAGGCGGCAAGCGCAUACGACACAACAGCUCGGCCGGCAAUCACCCCGGCUACGACAGCGGCUAUUACACCCAUCAUAACCCAAACCCUAGGACGAUACCAGAGCCCAUGGUGUCGGCUGCCUUUUCCAACGGCAUCCCCAUGACUACCAGCUACCCAGUGCAUACACAGCCUGCCAUCUCUGGAAUCUCUAUGCGCCCUAGUAUGGCAGCUUUCCCGCCUCUGCAUCCGCUUGACACGCAGAUCUCGCCACACUCUGCCGGCCCGAAUUCAGCAUCGUCAACCUUCUCUCCAGGCACGAGCUUCUCUCCAGGCACGAGAAGGUCUCCCCUCUCAGCAUACCAAUACCCGAACACACAUCACAACAUCUAUGGCUCGCCCACUCAUAUGAAUUACCAGACGACUUCAGCACAGCAGCCAAUGGCUCAGCAUGGUGACAUGGGGUUGUCACUUCCACUCCCAGGUAUUGACCUUGGCGACAUUGAGAAAUAAGGGCUCACCCGCCUGGUUUUUCCUUUUGCUCCUGCGGAGCUGAGCAGCGAGCAUAUCGCCCACUAAUCCCCCUUUCGCUGCGUCCGUAUUCCCUGACUCUUUGCAUUGGAUGGAAAAGAAAAUUGAGUGCACGGUUCUACCACAUAUGAGAUUGGAAGUGGGAAAAGUGCAAGGGUAGCUUUUGAGCUGGGACUUUCCCUUUCUUUUUUAUUCUUUUAUUUUAUUUUACUGAAUGGCUGUCUGGAAUUCUCGGUGUUAUAAAGGCAAACGAUAUCCUCUCUAUCGGUUUCUUUUGUCGGUUGUUGGGUCUUGGGUUCGGUCAAGCAAAUGGGCAUUGGAGAGAGCAAAGGAAAGAAAGCACGAUUCCCCGGGGUACGGUGUAAUUUUCUUGCAGGGUUCAUAUUUCAUCUUCUCUUGUUACACUUUUACUCAACACCACUGCCAACAUCGCACACCUUCACUUUGUUCAUAGCAUUCUUCGACUUCUUCCGCCAAGGAACCAUCGCUUCUGCCUCUUUCUCCCACUCUUUCUCCGCCCACCGCUUUUACGAAGUCAUGAGAGAUCACUGUUUCCCGAGAACGGAGGGAGCAUGGUCAUGUUAGCGAAGCAAACGAGUAAGCUGCGAGUUUGGGUUGGUCGUUGGCUUUUGAGUGAUACCCCUCCGCGAAUUUGGUUAUGGUUAUUUCUGGUGGCAAGGGAAAGCGAAAAGGGAAAGGGAAAAAGGAUUAUGCUUACCAGAGAGGGAGAGCUAUCAGGGGGAGGUAAUUAGUGGGUAGGGGGAAGGAAGAUGGUGAUGCUUCCGAGGCUGAGGUUUCUUGUUUUGAGGAAGUUGUCCUGUGCAUGUUGGGUUAUACCUAGUCAGCGUUGGUAGGUAUUAGAGAAUAGUACCUGGUGGAAUCACCGUAAGAAAUAUGGUACCGCAUGCAUGGGGCUUAUAUAUGAUAAAAUCGCAGCUUGGUGCCCUGGUGAUGUGACGUUUUUAAAGGCGGAAUAUGUGCUUAAUGCAGAUGUGUUUGGCACAGGAUGACCCCCACCCCAAAAAAGAAAACCGUGUUAUGUGAUUGGCUGGAUGUAAUUUAGCUAGCUCUGAUUGGACGGCUAGGAUGGGGCUUUUCUCUUCUAUCAACGGCGAUAGAUAGAUAUGUAGAUGGGGAUCCAACUCAUCGACCGAGACCGAU